AUGCCUCCCAAAGGCUCCGAGGCCAGUCCACCACCAGACAACCCUCGCUCCUUCUUCACCGUCCCAACACCCAUCAAGCAGCUCUUCGACAAAUUCCCUCUCACCACAUAUCCGGCCAACGCCCUUCCGCAACACUCCCUGUCCCAAGCUACCGGCAACCAGCUGUUUGUCUUCACCGAUGCGGCUGGUGCUCGACGUGGUCGGCCGUCUUUCAAUCCACAAUGUCUUAAGUGGCAGGCCUACCUGAAAUUUGUCGGGAUUGACUUCAAAACUGCCCCUUCCAACAAUCACGCGUCGCCGACCGGUGCUCUGCCUUUCCUCCUUCCGUCAUUCCCCGAGGACACUCUUGUCCCGAUCCCUGCACACAAGCUCCAAAAAUGGGCCAUUGAACAGGUCCAUUGCGAGGAGGAGCAACAAUUGAAUCUCCGGUUCGAGGUAUAUGCUUCUCUGCUGGACCAGCGGAUACGGAGUGCCUGGUUAUACAUGCUGUAUCUCGACCCUGCCAACUUCGAGGCCGUGGCACGGCGGCUCUAUGUGGACCCUGCAACUACGAGCUCGGUUGUUCGGACUACUCUUGGCGUCCAGCUCCAACAGGCUGCCCGCGAUGAACUCCUCCGCACGUCGCGAUAUAUUGAUGCUGGGGAUCUGGAGGCGGACGCGGGGGCUGCGUUUGAGGCGCUAUCAACACUUCUGGGGGAGGAUGAGCAUUUCUUUGGGCGACCGAAGCCGGGGCUGUUUGACGCUAGUGUCUUCGCCUAUACGCAUCUGAUUCUGGAUGAGGGUUUGGGGUGGAAACACAACCGACUGGCGCAGUUGCUCCGCGAGCACGACAACCUUGUACAACACCGGGCGCGAGUGCUGCAGUUUUUCUAG